AUGAGUGGAAAGGAGACUGCCGCAAUUCAAGUAAUUAAAGAUGAACCAAAGUCAGAUGUGAUACUCGAUGUUCCCCAAUCCCAUGUUCGCCACGGUGGGAAAAAAAUUAAUUCCAUCGUGGUCUCGCCGAAUAACAAAUAUGUGGCCACAUGGAGUGAAGCUGAUAAUUCUAUUGCGGGAUGGUUAAGUAUUAAAGGACAAAUGGAGUUACAAUUUGAUGCGGCGAUUUCUCUGCGCGAUGAUUUCAAUGACGAAUUUAAGCUAGAAGAGUUGGUAGCGGUGUCCGAUACCAAGCAUGUUGCCAUUAGGAAGAACGGAAAUUUUGUGUUGAUCUUAAGAGAACCCAAAUACAGGGCAUACGUGUUUGCACCAAUCCCCUCAAAAGGACCUUUCGCCCUCGAGAAAUAUAAGCUCAAGAAUAUGAUUGAGCUCACGUCCUUUGUAGAUUGCAUCAUUACUCUUGACGGGAAGCUAUUGAUCAUUAAUAAGAGGGUUAUACACACUAUCAAUCAGUGGGAUUUAGAAAGCUUGUCAUUUGAACAAGAAUAUAUCUUGGAUUGUUCGUUGAGGACCGAUACGGUCAGUGCUCGAUUCAAUGAAAACAAAACUUUGUUGGUGGUAUUCGGAAGGUCUCCCAAAGAUUUCAGUACUAACACUUUCGAUGACAAAAUCUACGUUUACUCGGUGGAACGCGGGAUCAAAGUGAAUAUGUAUACAUAUAAAAACAACGCAAUCAUAGAUCAAGCACACUUUAUUGCUUCUGAUAUCGCCGAGCGGUUGCUUGUGAUAUUCCGGAAUAAGGAUGAUGACGAACAAAAUAACUACGAAAUUAUGGACCCUUGGACCCUAAAAGAUCCGGCGGAUGCUAGAAUACUAUUCCAAUUAGAGCACGAGGGCAACGUAUAUUUUAACCCGUGCAUAGUCAAGGAUAGUAUCAUUUAUGGAGUGCACGACAGACAACCUCGGGCUCAAAAUUUGAUAAAACAUGAUUGGAUAAACUAUCUACGAGAAGCAUUACACGACUAUAACGAAAUAAAUGCUCCACCAAGUGGUAUGAUAUUGGAAAAGAUGAUCAGGGACGCUGCCGGCAUAUAUAGUUACAAAUUAACCGUUGACGAUUCGGAAUGGGUAGCGAGAACUCCGAUAGGAAAAGAUUCUUACAGAGGGCACUUAUACAAAUGGGAUGUUGAUUGUGGUUCGGACAAGGUUAUAAUAGGAGUAAGUAAAUUUAACGUGACAACAGAAAUAUGGACACCGAUAGGGAAACCAAGAAACAUCCUUCCAGAAAGUCACAUUGAACGAGAGAGUCGUCUAGAUUUCGUGGUGCAAUGCCAACUCUUGUAUAACGAUGAUCUUGCAAUUAUCACACCCAUGGGAAUCUUUAUAUGGACCGUGACAUCCAAAGGAAUUCGACUAUUCUAUUUUUGGGGUGAUACGGAGGCAGAAUAUGAAAAGACCCACGUUGGGGUAGCGAAUAUUCUUUAUAAAAUCCAGUCAUUAAAAUUAACCUUUACUGGACAAACACUUCCCUCUCCCGAUUUCGAUCACAUACUUUUAUACUACGAAAAGUUUUCUGUCGGAAGAGAUAAAGAUAGAUCCGAACCAUUCCGUGAAUUAUUAGAUGACUACAUUCAUACUCACGAACUGUUAGCCUUCCAUGGAGAAUACCUUCUUAAGCGUAUGAUAUUCCAUCAUAAAGACAACUGGAUUGAAUCUAUGUGCGAAGAAUGUUCUCAGAAAUAUGCCGAAGAUCCAAUGCAAUUGGGAUUUUUAAGCAUAGUUAUUGCCUCCUUUCCGUCGUUGUGUCAACGCCAUCCUUCCUUUGUAACCAAAUUUAUGGCAACUUUUGCACUGCAGCUUCCGCACACAGAGAAAAGCGAGAUCAUUAAUAAUUUAUCAACAGCGUCGCACUUGCAACAUUAUGGAAAGGAAAAUCAUUUAUAUGUAGCAUCAUAUGCGACCAGGACAUAUAAUAAUAUUAAAAAUGCAUCCGAAAGGUUUUCCAAAAGGCACCCGUAUUUCCAUACAUUCUUCACCUUUCUCUUUGUUCCAAUGUGGCCAGUCUUGAUUUAUCAAUUCUAUGAAAGAUAUUAUAAUCCAGAUCUGUACUUUCAACCCACCAUCAAACUCAUGAUUCCCUUGCCAAAAUACUCGACUUAUCCUAAAAACACUAGGGGAAUUUGGGAUUUCUUUUUUCCCAUGAAAAAUUCUUUCGUUAACCCGGUCACAUCAAACGAAGUGUAUCAUUGGUGGAAUGGCGAGGCAUUGUUGAACCACAAGUGGAAUACCUUUGGAAAAUAUUAUUAUUAUACGAUUUGGUUUGUUUAUACCCUGUUUCUCUUAAGUUUUGCCAUUGUAGCCACAAUUCCUGAGGAUCAGAUUAAUUGGAGUGUGGCGAGCGGCCUGUUGGUUACAACAAUUUUACUUGGAUGUCUUCAUUUGUUGGUCGAGAUUAGACAAUUUACCAUCACUCCGAAGGGUUAUGUCACUAACCUUUGGAACGCAUUUGUAAUAGCAUUUGCACAUUCCUUACAUUUGCUUCUGAGACCCGAAGAACCAAUUUCUUUGGAAAUUGCAAAUUUUAAUGAUGAUCCUAACAACCCGUGGAACUUGGUUUCGACUAUGAAUUCCAUCUCUAGUGGAGCUGUGAGUGAUGAUCCGGUGUUGAUUUCCAAGCCGAGUUUGAACACAAAUCUGUUUGUUGGCUGGGAUACUUCUCUAUUGGCAGUUUAUUAUAUGUUGAAUGGUGAUACAAGUUCUGUAAGCUCGUGG